AUUUAGAGCAUUUUACUUGCUUUGUCACUUUGUCCGGUGCUUCUUCAACUUCAAGUGUGAUAUGUUGAGCUUCAUUGUUGCUUAAUCUCUCUGUUUCAUACCCUAAUCCGUCGACUGGUUAAUCUCAGUACGUUGUAGAAGUCUUGCAGCAGAGUCUAGACGCGAUUUGCGAUCAUCAUGUAGCUCCAGCACACUGACUUCAAUUGAGUCUUGACAGGUGAACUAGAGGGGGUUGGUAUACAGCUUGUGGUGGUAUAUUUGCAAGGGAAAAUGGCUUACCAAAGAAGGGGGUCAGAUCUGCAACAGCAAAGGCGGAUUAUGAGGACACAGACUGCCGGCAAUCUCGGGGAGUCCAUGAUGGACAGUGAAGUGGUACCAUCAUCUCUAGUGGAAAUUGCCCCAAUUCUACGUGUUGCCAAUGAGGUCGAACCUAGCAACCCAAGGGUUGCUUACCUCUGUAGGUUUUAUGCUUUUGAGAAAGCUCAUCGAUUAGAUCCAACAUCAAGUGGACGUGGAGUUCGCCAGUUCAAAACUGCCCUUCUUCAGAGGCUGGAAAGAGAAAAUGAAUCAACUUUAGCUGGAAGGACAAAAAGUGAUGCUCGUGAAAUGCAGAGUUUUUAUCAACAUUACUACAGGAAGUAUAUUCAAGCUCUACAGAAUGCAGCUGAUAAAGCUGAUCGUGUGAGGCUUACAAAGGCAUACCAAACUGCUGCUGUGCUUUUUGAGGUCUUGAAGGCUGUUAAUCUGACAGAAUCUGUUGAAGUGGCUGAUGAGAUUUUGGAAGCUCAAGCAAAGGUUGCUGAAAAGACAAAGACACUGGUGCAUUAUAAUAUACUUCCACUUGAUCCUGAAAGUUCAAAUCAAGCAAUUAUGAGAUACCCUGAGAUUCAAGCAUCUGUGGCUGCUCUACGUAAUACAAGGGGUCUACCAUGGCCGAAGGGCCAUAAGAAGAAAGUAGAUGAAGAUAUUCUAGAUUGGCUUCAAUCUAUGUUUGGUUUUCAGAAAGAUAAUGUUGCAAAUCAAAGAGAACAUCUGAUUUUAUUGCUGGCAAAUGUGCAUAUUAGACAAUUUCCGAAACCUGAUCAUCAACAACCUAAGGAAUAUUUAGAGCAUUUUACUUGCUUUGUCACUUUGUCCGGUGCUUCUUCAACUUCAAUAGAAUUAUUUGUGCUGAAAGUUUGUCUGUAUAUAGUACGUUGUAGAAGUCUUGCAGCAGAGUCUAGACGCGAUUUGCGAUCAUCAUGUAGCUCCAGCACACUGACUUCAAUUGAGGUAUGCUAUGCUGAUCCUCGUGUAAUUUUCUGCUUUUCUGGAAAUCAGUCUGUUUCGCGCGGAAUUAUGGGUGAUCGUAGGAAAAAUGGUAUUGAGAAGAUGAAAUGGAAGGAAAGGAAGUAA